AUGAAGAAUCGGAAGAGCAACCAUCGGGGAUUUGGCUUUAUAGACCUUAAAAAUCACAAGGAGGCGAUACGUCUGACAGUCCUGGUGCGUGAUCUGAAACCUCCUCUCACCAUUAAUGGGAAAACGAUUUCCGUGGAUCUGGCAGUUGGACAGAGGAGGACUGAACAUGGCAAAUCCGGGAAAGGCAACAAGUCGUCUCCCGGCAAGAACCGGAAACAGAGAGCCAGAGGAAAACCGUUCACCUACCCGGGAUUCAGAACUGAAGAAGGUCCAAGUUAUAUUUAUGACCCAAAAACUGGGGAUGUUACGUGGAUCCGGUAUCUGACUCCAUUUACAAUGAGCCCAAAUCUGAGCAGCAAAAGCGGGAUGAUUAUCCUUCCCAGGAGUCUGAGAGGGACACGAAGGAGAAACCCAGCCGCACCAGAAGAGGCUUCACUGAGGAGACAGAAGAGGAAGAGGCAUUUAAGAGGCCAUUACCGCCCCCCGUGAUGUUGAAGAAAGAGGAGCCUGCUGAGCCAAAGGUGAACCCUCUGCUGGGGCUGAUUGGGGCGUAUGCAGAGGACAGCGAGGAAGAG